ACGAGGUAUUGGCGAGCAAUUGGACUAUGAAAGCGAAAUCGAACAGCGGAGUGAUGUCGAGGCGACAAGAGAAACUGCUCGAGCAGCGACGGCUUCUGUCCAGACGGCAACAGCUGCUGUACCUGUCGAACGAGCGAGACGAACAGUGGAGAACCAGGUGUUCUGGCGAAGCACGGGUGAGGAAUUGGUGGAGCUCCGACGACGUAAACGGCGUAAUGCGGCCGGACACUAUGUCCUGGAGUACAAGCUGCGACCACGAAAGCGUCAGCGGGUUAGACGCACAGAAAACGACUAGUCAUGCUGGGUGUCUGUCACGGAAUACGACGAGCUGUGCCAAUCUAGCAGGGUCGUGGAAGACCCUGGGUUUGAAGAAGGCGUGUAAGGGAUCCGUGCAUGCCGGAGCGCCUGCGCGAAAUGAGGUGUCAGCGCGAAACGGGCGGACGGCUGAUGAGCAAGUUGAAGUGGGUUCUGGACGUGAGGAUCACCACGCACGAUCCCCACGCCAGCGAAGUGUCGGCCAGCUGCCAACGAAGAGUGACGGGUAUCAAUGA